AUCCGGCCACGGUCAGUCUAAACGUUGUUGGUGUGUGCGCGGAGUGAAACAAAUCGAAUUCUUUAAUUUCUCGUUAAGUACACGAUAAUGGAUCGCACUUUCUACGAGGGCUGGCUGAUUAAGUCGCCGCCCACUAAGCGAAUUUGGCGAGCACGCUGGCGUCGUCGCUGGUUCACGCUGAAGCAGGGUGAGAUACCCGAGCAGUUCUGCCUCGAAUACUACACCGACCACAACUGCCGCAAGCUGAAGGGCGUCAUCGAUCUGGAUCAGUGCGAGCAGGUGGACUGCGGCCUGCGGCUGGAGAAUCGCAAGCAAAAGUUCCAGUACAUGUUCGACAUUAAGACGCCCAAGCGCACCUAUUACCUGGCUGCAGAGACGGAGGCGGACAUGCGUGACUGGGUUAAUUGCAUCUGCCAGGUGUGCCACCUGCAUGACACCAAACAAUCAAAUGAGCUGCCAUUGGGCGCUGUGGGUACAGAUGAAAACCGCACCCAGCACACAAGCUCCAGUGGCGGACUGAGCAACUCCACUCAGAAUACAACCACCACAUCGUUACACUCCUCCGCUGGUACCACACAAGGGACAGCCGGCUCUGGUGCUGGAGGUGGUUCUACCACACAACUUCGACGGCCGGCGGUCAUUGAACAGCAGCCGCUACCCCUGAACGCCGGUAACAAUAACUCUGACUCUGUGUAUGUCAACACCGAGUAUAGUAAUCGCGAGUCGAUGCUUUGCGAUGGCAACUUUGAUCAGCAGGAUCUGCUCUCGGCUGCCCAGCAGCAGCCGCCGCCAUCGCCGGCCACGGCUCUGUAUUUAAAUCACAGUGCAUUGAUCCAGGCACAGGCAGCAGCUGCAGCCGCCGAGCAACAGCAACAGCAGCAGGCACGUCUGGCGGUCAGCGCCAAUGGUGUGGUACGAAAGUUACCGGAGCAUCUGGUGCUCACCCAACAAACAUUGGCUGAGGCAGCCGCUCAGCAAUGCAGUGUGCAGGCAUCGCCCGCCCUGAGUACCGCCUCCGGACCGUAUAUACCCAUUAGCGAGUGUUUCUCGGGCAGUCCACGUUAUCUGCCGGGCACUGGGCUGCCCGGUGGAGUGGGACCCGGAGCAGGAGCGGGAGCAGGAGAAGUGGCCAUACCAAACAAUCCAACAACGCCGUUGAAUAACUUGGACCCAAAGUUCUACGAUACGCCGCGUAGUCAUAACAAUAUUGGUCUGAAUCUGACCAAUGAUCAGUCCUACUCACCGAAGAUUACCAAUUUGAGUCUGCAACAAUUGGCCAAUGCCAAUGCUAGUAAACAACGCUCGGACUCCGAUUCGGAGAGUGUUUUUACGGAUGACGAUGAGUGGGCACAUCCUUUGCCAUUGCGCGAGAAUGUGGAUCGCAGCACCAGACCCUCGGAUAGUUCGAUUGAAAACGAAAGCUUUGUGCUGACCUACUCGCAACGUUUCUCUAAAAUGCCAGAGGAAGGCGGCGGGGUGGCACAACCUGUUGAAAAGUUGAAUUCCAAGCAGGCGGCAGAAGCAGCAGCGGCAUCUGUCGCAGGUGGGGACCAUCGAACGCUUGAGAAACUGGCCAAGGUGCUGAAGAACAAGAAUAAUCUCAUAUUGGACUUUAAGGAGAAUGAAAAGAUUCCUCGUGAUCUGCCGCAGCUUUCUGACACAGAAAACACGUCACCGGCCAUUGUGGCACAGCGCAAUGCCAUUUCGGCUUUUAUCGAGGAGAGCUAUGACAUUCCACGCUCCCAUCAGCUGCCCUACUACAAUGUCAACCAGUUGCUGGGCGAGCGACCGGUGGUGGUAACCAGUCCGCACAACAGCAAUCCCAUUGCUGCAUCGACACCGAAUCUCAUGGCCGCGACGGCUGCCGCUUUAACAGCAACUGCGACGGCGUCGAAUCCCGGUCAGAUUCCGGUUGCAUCGCCCACCACCAGUUCGGCUCGAACACUGCCACGACCUCACUGCUAUACAAAUGCGGCGCCCACAAAGAUGGAGGGAAAUGUAUUUCGUUACGAUUUCAUGGAGCAAGCAGAUUGUCCGCCAGUUAAUCGCAAGCUAAAGCCCAAGGUGGUGUCCGGGACGCCGGCUUUGGAGGAUAAGCCGCCAGAGGAGUUCCCAGCGAAGCCGCCUGUAGGCGUGGAGCAUUUAACCAGCAAGCUAGGAGCUGCUCAUUUACAGCAGCAACAGCAGCAGGCCAUUGUGGGACCGCCCAGUGUGGAUCGAAAGUGCAAGCCGAAUGCCUAUAAGCUGGGAACGUCGGCUACCAUGUCACCGGCAACGCGUCGCUCCUCGGGUGCUCCGCUCUCUAUGGUGUUGCCACAUGAAACGGAUGUUCAUUCGCCAGCGGCGGCAGCCUAUUUCCAUGAGACGCGCACCCUGCCGCGGCAGCAGCAUCGUCAGCAACAUCAUCAUCAUCCCAAUAGUCCUGGCAGCAUGUCUGUGCAACAUCAGCGCACCGUCUCUGCAGUCGCUGCCAUGUCGAGCUCGGGAGGAGCCACGGCGGCGACAAAGCAACAACAGGCACCAGCAGAGCACAAGCUGCAGUACUUAGAGCUGGAUGUAACCAACAAGCCGCCGCUGAACAGUUCCAGCAUGAAUGUUGGCAAUCUGUAUUCUCAAGGCGGAGACGCUGCGGGAGCCAGGGGUCCAAAGCCCAGCAGUGUUGUAUACAAUUCGGUGGACUUUCUCAAGACGGAGGCAUUUAAGCGGAUACGCGAGGAGCGGAACAAGGAGAGCACCGAGAGUGGAAAGUAAUUCCCCUCCUACCCACAGCCCAUACAACUUGACAACGUGCAAUAACCAAGGAGACCGACCACGUUGCUGCGGAUCCAGUAGUAGUGCCUAUACAUAAAAAAAUUAUAUGAAAAUCAGUGCAAAUUCCGAUCGUCGAAUUCACAGACCAUUAUUCACACUCACACAUAUCUAGUUCGUAAGUCUUUUAUCUUUGAAUCUGUAUCUGCAUCCUCACCAGAAUCUGUGUCGUUCGUCGAUUCAUAUUUAAAUCGUGCUUCCAACACUUCCACAUAUUUAUUGUUAAGCUUCUGAAUCAAAAUAACGAUGUAACCAUGACAAACAAAGCGAUCUUAGUGCUAAUUUUACAAAUGCAACCACGCAAGCAAAAUAUUUAUAUAUUAUAUACACGAAUUUUAUAUGGUAACAAAUUAUUUACAAUUCAUAAAUGUAACACAUGUGUGCGACAACGCAAGCUGUAGCUUGAUAUUGUGCUUUAAAGAAAUAUAUAUAUACAA